GACGGUCGGGCAGCGUUUUUGCGGCAGUCAUUCCAGUGUUUGUUACAAACUUCCGCGACAGUGCCUUGUCUCGUUCAACUAUUGUGUCCAGCAUUCGUUCCGAGAGUUCGUAAGCACCGCACCGACGAUGACGGCCAGCAAGUACCAGAUUACGGAACGUGGCGCUCCAAACUCCACGGAUUACCGGGUGUACUUCAAGAAUGAAAACGGACACUCCAUUUCACCUUUGCAUGACAUUCCACUGUAUGCGAACGAUGCGAAAACCGUCUACAACAUGGUAGUGGAAGUCCCCCGAUGGACGAAUGCUAAGAUGGAGAUAAGUCUAGGCGAAGGACUGAAUCCAAUCAAGCAAGAUGUGAAAAAAGGAAAAUUGCGCUUCGUCGCCAACUGUUUCCCGCAUCACGGAUAUAUUUGGAAUUAUGGUGCGUUUCCGCAGACUUGGGAGAAUCCCGAUCAUCUCGAUGCGGACACUGGCUGCAAGGGCGACAAUGAUCCUAUCGAUGUUCUUGAAAUCGGAUCGCGCAUUGCAAAACGUGGCGAGGUGAUGCAGGUCAAAAUUCUUGGCACCAUUGCGCUCAUCGAUGAGGGUGAGACGGAUUGGAAAAUUAUCACUAUCAGCGUAAACGAUCCGGUUGCCGACCAGGUGAACGACAUUAGCGAUGUCGAAACCGUGUUCCCAGGGCUAUUGCGAGCCUCGGUUGAAUGGUUUAAGAUAUACAAAAUUCCAGACGGCAAACCGGAGAAUCAAUUCGCGUUCAACGGUGAAGCAAAAGAUGCUGCAUUCGCCACCAAGACGGUAGCAGAAACGCACCAGUUUUGGCAGCAGCUGGUCAACAAGGAAGUUGAUAACAACGGCAUUUCUUGUCUAAACACCGCCGUCGAUGGAUCGCCUUAUCUGGUAGCAAAUGAUGCCGCUGAUGAAGUAUUUCUCAGGAGCUCUUCUGGAGGCAGUCCUGAGCCCGUCAGCGAAACACUUGAUAAAUGGCACUACAUUACGCUGGAGUAAACUAUGGGAAGGAAUUGGUCGCAGUUUAAUUGAAAGUCGAACGGGUUGCCUCUGGCAAUAAGAAAGACAAGAGCAUGCAUUUAGCUGCGAUAUCAUAUUUUAAAAAAUUCGCACAGUGAGUUAACGGAUUUACUAUGCGCAAUCGUCAUACAUAUAAGUCCAAGGACCGUAACUUGGUGGUACAUGUAUUUAUUAGUGUCGUGCGUUUACUCGCAUUCCCUCGUUCGAUUAUGGAUAGAUGAGACACAUCUUAGCAAUGGAAAUGUUGAAGCAUUAAAUAAAUCUUUCAACUGAUAC